AUGAAAUUUAAUAAACUAGAAUUAAGUUAUCUAAUUUGUCAAUAUGAACGAUGUAUUAAAACUAAUAGAUUACAUAUUCAAAGUUAUUGUCAAACAGAAAAUCAUGUUAGUUAUCAAAAAUUAAAACAAAUUUUUAAUAACUCAAAAUUACAUAUAGAAUAUAUUUUUGGAUUGUUUGAAGCUGCUUCAAACUAUUGUAAAUCAGAAUUUUUUCAAAAAAAAGGAACAUAUAAAACUUUAGAUGAAAAAUUUCAACUAAUUCCAAAAAUUAGCAAACGUAUUGAAGGUCAUAAAAAUAUAGUUGGACUAUUUGAAUUUG